UCGCCACACACCGUACGUCAUUCCACAAUAUUAGCAGAAUUGGCAUCACAGUAGCAGCCAUAGUUAUAAGGAUUGUUUCUCUCCACCUGUCAACAUGGUCAACGUGCACAAAGGUGUCCUUGUUGAAUGCGAUCCUGCCAUGAAACAGUUCCUCCUCUACCUGGAUGAGAAGAUGGCCCUGGGAAAGAAGUUCAUCCUCAAGGACCUUGACGACACGCAUGUAUUCAUCCUGCAGGAGGUUGUUCCAAUCCUGAUGGAUAGAGUUGGCGAGUUAAUGGACCAGAAUUCAUUCCCCGUCACACAGAAAUGAUGCACAAAACUCUUCUUCUUAGACUUUGGACUGUUUCAGACUUUAUUUACUUUAUUGACAUUUAAAUAAAUAUUGCCUCCGUUGCUUGAACUAUAGACUGAUGUGGAUAAAUUCUUUGGUGCAUUAAGAUGAAAACAUUUUUAGUUAAAAAGGCACGUUUUGCUCCUUUGUUGUACAGUGGGGUUUUUUUGUGCCGUAGUUUAAUUUCUGUUAAGUGUGUCUUUUCUUUCUUUUGAAUAUGUCAAUUACAAAAUAUGUUGACACAUUUUGUUUCUUGGUCUUUAUCUUAAUUACUGUUUUUACUGGGCGGAGAGCAUAGUGUCAACCUAUUUGCUGAAAGUGUUUGACUACAGUUUUAUAUGAAGGGUUGAUAAAAAGCAGUGAGAAUGUGAAAAUAAAAAUAAAGAGACAGAUGUAAA